GGCCGCCUUCGCCUCGUUGGCGCCGGUGGGGCGGUCGCUGUGGUGGUGGUGUGCCGCCAUGGACCGUAACCCGUCGCCACCCUCUAGCGAGGCGGAGGAGGAGGAGGAUGCAGUGGGGAACACGGUGUACAGCAAACACUGGCUGUUCAGCAUCCUCACCCGCCUCAUCGAGGUCAUUAGCCCUGAGAAGACGGAGCCCACCGCGAGCCCCGAGGGAAUCCAGAUGGAGCUGGACGAGGAGAUGGAGAAUGACAUUUGUAAAGUGUGGGACAUGUCGAUGGAUGAGGUAGGAGUGAUGUGUGGAAGUAGACCUCGAGGGUGGUUCACAGCUUUGGGUGGCUUCUGCCCUGUGUGUUCAGUUGGAGCCCUUCUGGAAGUGGGAGAAGGCACAGAGUUAUAUGGACUCGGCCAGCUUUCUGAUUUGGAUGGUAUUGAUUAUUCUGUUUUAGCUGACAGUGUGCUGUGAGUCCUCAGGCAGUGCAGGUGUGGUGAACUGGGAUCAAGCGUGCUCUUCACCAAGGUUGCUUUACAAGAUGAGCAAGUAUGUUGUGUGCACUCCUAAACCCAGCACUAGUUUGCAGAAGCAGGCCUUCUGUUGUGUCCUAGCUGCUGUUUGAGGAUGUAAAGCAGAACUAUGUUUGAAUAGAAAAGAAACAAGGUGGUCUGUCCCAUCUUCCCUCCAGGUAUCUAAUGGAUCCUGCGGUGCUGUUGUUUAGGGUCAGCUGGCUUAAAUGGGGCCGUGUUCACACCUGUUGGUGUUCUACAGAAAAUCAUGUUCAGGAGUUGAACCAAAGCUCAGCGUAAUUAGAAAACGGCACCUUAGCUGUAGUAGAAAUUAACUCAGGAUGUCGCUUUAUUUCUUCAGGAGUUCAAUGCCCCUGAUAUAUUCAUGGGAAUUUUUGCCAAGUCAAAAUGCCCUCGCCUUACUGAAAUCUGUGUGGGAAUAUUAGGAAAUAUGGCCUGUUUCCAAGACAUAUGCAUGUCCAUUAGUAAAGAUGAGAAUCUUGGCCAGGUGUUACUGCAACGUUUGUGUGAUUCAGACUCCCCAACUCUUCUGGAAACAAGCAGGUUGUUGUUAACUUGCCUCUCCCAGCCUGAGGUGGCAAAUAUCUGGGUUGAGAGAAUCCGAGAGAACCCUUCUGUGUAUGACUGUGUGUGCUUUAUCAUGUCCAGCUCUACAAAUGUUGAAUUGCUGGUAAAAGUGGGUGAAGUGGUGGACAAACUCUUUGAUCUAGAUGAGGAGCUAAUGUUGAACUGGAUUAAAAAUGGCACUUGUCCAUCUGUGGGACCAUCUGUAGAUGAUUCCCCUGAAGAGCUUCCAGAUUUUAAGAUUGUGCCUUGUAUACUUGAAGCAGCCAAACAAGUCCGAUCAGAUAAUCCGGAAGGACUUGAUGUUUAUAUGCAUAUUUUGCAGCUUCUGACCACGGUGGAUGAGGGUAUUCAGGCUAUUGUGCAGGUUCCUGAUGGAGGAAAAGAGACUUGGAGUUUGCUAUAUGACCUUGUUUGCCAUGAACUUUGCCAGCCAGACGAUCCACCGAUCAUUGUGCAGGAGCAGAAGACAGUAUUGGCCUCUAUUUUGUCCGUGCUGUCUGCUAUGUUUGCUUCACAGACAGAACAAGAAUACACCAAGAUGAGGAAAAACAUGCCUCUGAUUGGCAGCUUGAUUCGUAUCUUACAAUACAUGGAGGGCUGUGGGAAGAGAGCUGGUGAUAGCUCAAAGGAGUCUGAACAAGAAGAGACUGGAACAGCUGAUAUAAAUGACGAAGAUUUCCAUUUAAAAAUUUUGAAGGAUAUUUGCUGUGAAUUACUUUCCAAUAUGCUUCAAGAACUGACCAAGGAAAAUACAUUAGAAGGACUACAGCAGGGACAUUUAAAUGAGCAGACAUGUUCCUGUGCAUUUCAGAACCUCUUACCUCUGUAUUUCGCAUCAGUGGAGAGUUUCCUUGAAGUGCUGCGUGAGGCUGAUCAGACACUUGCUGAUAAUCUAGAAAAACGUUUCCCAAGCCUGAAGGUUCACUCCUAAGAAAGUACAUGAAAUAUUUUCCUUCUUUGGAAUGAAGAUUUUAACUGUUUUAUUACAGUGUUUGAGAAAUCAAGUUCUCAGUAAAUGCAGAAGAAUGAGGCAACCUCCUUAGCAACAGGUGGCUUUUAAGAAAUCUUCCAGGUAGCCCUGAUUAACCUAGGGUUGAUCUGGUCUUUAUGGGGAAGGAAAUUACUGUAAAUUCAAUUCUGUACCUUCCAUCCUAUUUGCUCUGGUGAUGAGAGACUGUUGAUUUCUAAUUGCUCUUCUGCAGCAUAGGUGGUUGGUUUUUUCUUUAAUAGCUCUUGAGUCUGCUUUUCAACUGAAGUUGAAACAGCAACAUGAAUGAAAUGCACUGAGUAGUUAUUUUUAAUGUGAUGCUGGUUUCUUCUAAGUUGCUGUUGGCAAAAGGAGGAUUGGUUGAUAGGAAAUCCCAGGUGUCCUCUGCUUAACGGUCUCCAAGCACCUGAUAAAAACAGAGUUAGAUUACACAGAAUUAUUUGUAUUUUCCUUUUUUGAUUUUCUUAGAGAUCAUGUCAACACCUUGAGCAGGUAUUCUAUCAGAAAUGUUUCAUCCUGGUCCUUUAAAAUCUUCACACAUCUCACACUAAAACCUCUUCUAUAUUGCAGCUCUGGGUUGUGGCAUCAAGGUCCUGUGCAGUUUAAAGGACUUGAGAAUAUAGUUACCAAUGGUCUAUGCUGCAGCUUCCAACCACUGCAGCCAGUUAUCUAGAGUUAGACUUGUAGGGCAGGUUUGGUUUUAACCUGUGGCAUACUGGCAAACUUCCUGCCUUUUUAAAGCAGUCUGCACUUCAGUUUCAGAAUGUAACGUGUCAGACACUUCUUUCCUCAUUCAUGUGUUUUAUGAAUUAUCUGUGAAUGACAAUAGAAAUGGCACCUUAGCCUUGUUUUUUUCAGGGGAGCUUAAGGUGUUAGGUCCCUUGCAGUAAAGCCCAUCUACAUUCUUCUAAAAAUCCCACUUUUAAUUAUAUUAUGUUUUAACUGCAUUACAUUUUUAGAUCACGUGCCUGCAUGCAGUGCAACGUUUUCUGUGUCUGAAAAGACGGUAUAGUAACACAUCAGCUUCACUGAUUCUGUAAAUGAAAAUGGAAAACAACUGGUCUUUAUGAGGUUUGAGAUGUAAAAGAAAAUGGGAACCAGAGCACAGAGAAUAACUUAUUACCAUCUACAUAUUCUCUGGCUCUCCAGGUUUUUAUAGACCUUAAGUGCUGGGCCGUGUUUUGUUUGCCCUGAGUUACCUGUACAUGUGGUAGAAUACAGUACGUGUAUAUGUAUAUAGCCUUUUCAUCCAAACUUUCAGUUUUCAAAAACUGCUAUUUAAUCAUUCCUUUGGGCUGCCAGCAGCAUCUUAGUUGUCAGCAGGGGAUUUAGAAUUACAAAUAUUUGGCUUGGGUCACCAAAUGGAAUUGCCAUGGUUUCUAUCCAUUUUUGUAUGCUAUGUUUAUUGGAGAAAACUGGUAACUGUGAAUAGGAUGACAGCAUUUUUCAUACUACUUUGACAGUUUUGGGAUAUUUUCUUAAACCUACCGAUUUGUAAUAAAGUUUCUUUUUAAAAAACA